CUCGCUCGCACCAGGAAAAGAUUCCAGUUCAUCUUAUUCGAACAAAAUCCGGUGUCGUCGGACCAGCCGUCAUCAAAUCGAACCUGUUACCUCCCCCAACUCCAUACCAUCAUCAAUCCCCGCCAAAUCCUCCUCCCCAGCUACACCCCAGCUCCAAUCCUCUCCACGUCUCCUCCUCCCCCGCCGCACUACAGUCGGACUAUUGCAUAAUACAGCAUUACCCCGAUCCCUCGCUACCUCAUAAGUUGUAACCUCGAUCCUCAUGUCGCUUCCACCGGAAUACUUCCAUGAAAUCAAUACCCUCAACCGCGAAUUCAUCGAAGCCAGCCCUGACGACAUCCUUCAAUUCUGCGCCGACUACUUCCAACGCCGCCUCGCCUCGCAGCGGCACGAAUUCCUGGUCGCCAACCCGCAGUCGCGCAAGAGCGGCAUGGUCGACCCCAACAUCCGAGGAAUGCAAGCGUUGCAGGAAGAUGAGGCCGUCGCCUCCCCAACCGCGUCGUCUUUCCCUUCCAACCCUUUCGACACCACCAUGAACGCCUCCAACCCCCGCGAUGCUGGCAACGGAACCACCGCCGACGGCCAUCAAUUCAAUUUUGGCGGCUUCAGUGCAUCCGUUGGUGCCCCCCCAUCCGGAGGUGGCGACGCGUCCAACUUCCCCAAUAAUUACAACCUCAACCGUCGUAUCUCCGUCUCCGCCGAGUCCCUCGACCCGGCCUCGACCUUCAGCUCCAAUUGGGUCCCUCCAUUCUAUCCUAAGACCAAGGAACAACAAACCCGCCUCACCAACGCCGUGGCCCAGAACUUCCUCUUCGCCCACCUCGACGAGGAGCAGUCCUCCCAGGUUCUCGGCGCCCUACAGGAGAAGCGCAUCCCCGCCAAAGGCGUAAAAGUCAUCGAACAAGGCGCCGAGGGCGACAACUUCUACGUCGUCGAAUCCGGCACCUUCGACGUCUUUGUCCACCCCUCCGGCAAGAUCCAACCUGGCAUCGAGGGCCUCGGCAACAACGUCGGCACCGUCGGCGCCGGCGGUUCCUUCGGCGAGCUGGCCCUCAUGUACAACGCCCCGCGCGCCGCCUCCGUCGUGUCCGCCGAGUCCUCCACCCUCUGGGCGCUCGACCGCGUCACGUUCCGCCGCAUCCUGAUGGACAGCGCCUUCCAGCGCCGCCGGAUGUACGAGAAGUUCCUCGAGGAGGUCCCGCUGUUCGUGACCCUGACGCCGUACGAGCGCAGCAAGAUCGCCGACGCGCUGGAGAGCAAGAAAUACCCGCCCGGCACUACCAUCAUCCGCGAAGGGGACCCGGGCGACGCGUUCUACAUCGUCGAGCAGGGGGAAGCGGAGGUGUUCAAGCGCGGCGCCGACAAGCCCAUCAACCGGAUUGAGAAGGGCGGCUACUUCGGCGAGCUGGCGCUGCUCGACGAUCAGCCGCGCGCGGCGAGCGUCAUUAGCAAGUCCGAGGUGAAGGUUGCCACCAUGGGCAAGGACGCAUUCCAGAGAUUACUGGGGCCGGUGGAGAGCAUCAUGCGGCGGAACGAUCCGAGACGGGGCCAGGCGGGGAUGGAGGAGGUGGACCCGUUGUCGAAGGAGUGAUGUGGAUUCACCUGCAGAGUGAAGCGCAGCGGAGGAGCACUGUUCAUCCCUUGAAGACCAUAGAGCCACACUAAUCAUCCGGAGCGAUUCCAUGGCCAAAUCCGAGGUUUCGCAGCGCUUCCAUUCACGGCAUGAGAUCGAAUCGUUCAUCACGGUGGGAUACUCUCGGGA